AAAAAGAUUGAGAAAAGUCCUGCGAGGUGCUCGAAUGCGACGCAAAGGGGAGUAAAAGAGGAGCGGGGAAAGAGCGCGUCUGUGGCGUUCUGGUCGUUUCCACGGGAGUUCAGCGGAGUUGCACGUGUCCUUCGGCUCGAGUCGAGUCGCUUCCCUUUUACUGACGCUUAAAUUAAGUUACUAGUUCGAACGCCGGCUGUUGCGAAGUAAGUGCCGCGGGAAACCAUGACAAGCCAUUUCAAGAGCGGACCUGCCUUCGGACUGUCGGCCGAAGUGAAGAGCAAGCUGGCUCAUAAAUAUGACCCCCAGAAGGAGGAGGAGCUCAGGCAGUGGAUCCAGGAGAUCACAGGCCGGAGGGUCCCGGAGAACUUCAUGGAGGGUUUGAAGGAUGGGGUCAUCUUGUGCGAGCUGAUCAACAAACUGCAGCCUGGAUCAGUGAAAAAGAUCAACGACUCGCCGCAGAACUGGCACCAGCUGGAAAACAUUGGCAAUUUUGUCAGAGCCAUCACAGAAUAUGGGAUAAAGCCACACGACAUCUUCGAAGCCAAUGACCUGUUUGAGAAUGUCAACCACACCCAAGUUCAAAGCACGCUCAUCGCUUUGGCUGGAAUGGCAAAGUCCAAAGGAUUCAACACAAAGUCUAAUGUGGGGGUGAAGUAUGCAGAAAAACAAAACCGGCGCUUCAACCCUGAGAAGCUGAAAGAAGGUCGCAACAUCAUCGGACUACAGAUGGGCACCAACAAGUUUGCCAGUCAGAAGGGUAUGACCUCGUAUGGGACAAGGCGUCACUUGUAUGACCCCAAAGCAGGCAUGGAGAAUCCCCUGGACCAGUCCACUAUCAGCUUACAGAUGGGUACCAACAAAGGAGCCAACCAGUCUGGAAUGACAGCUCCAGGCACCAAGCGCCAGAUCUUUGACAAGAAGAUAGACCUGGAGCCAUGUGAUACAGCCACAGUUUCACUGCAGAUGGGCACCAACAAGGUGGCAUCCCAGACAGGCAUGACGGUGUAUGGCCUUCCCCGCCAGGUGUACGACAGAAAGUACUGUGUCAACCCAGACAGCCUCCUCAACAAUGGGGAGGGCUACGACUAUCAAAAUUACUCCGACUAAGGACAGAGACCGUUGCUCUGGCAACCAGCAAAACCAGUGUUACUGUUACUGCUAUUAGCUGUUUUCAUCCCUGGCCAUCAUCAAGUGAACGAAGCCCCUUCCCACUACCUUAAUCAGUUUUCUAACGUGGGUAAGAAUUUAUAAUGGGCCCUCAUGUGCACUACCUGCCAAAUUGGCUUCCUUGACACUUUUAAUUUUAUAUGGUAGAAUACUGGCUUGUGCCUGAAAAGCAGGGAUAAGCUUAAGAGAUCCAUUGUUUUUAAUAAAGUCUAAGUAUGUGUUUUUAUUUGAUUUAUAAAAUAAAGCUAUAUAUUAUAUUGGCAAUACAAAACUCUAACUUCUAGAUUGACUGACUGAAUUGCUUGUUAGCCAUAUAGCCCUGAUUUAUGCCCAAUGAGCUUUAAUAUAUAUAUUUUUUUCCCCCAAGAUUGGGAUACAUGUACAGCUUCACAUGCCUCAACCUGUGAUCCAAGAUGAGAUGGUUUUUUUUUUAAAAAAAAAAAAAACCUUAGACUUAACUUUGACACACCAGCUCACAGGAAAGGUUUAGUAAAUUUGACCUUCUGUAGUUUUGACAUGUUCAGCCAUCAUUAAACUCAGCAAAUGAGUUUUACAUGGCUCUGCUGUGCCAUCUGAUGUUAUGAAUCAUUUUUUAUGGAGAUGCAUACUUCCCAUGUAUAUAGAUCUUAAAAGAAAUCUAAUAUCAAAUACUUUGACAAACCAAUCAAGAUAUCUUCAUAAACAUAACACUAAAAUGUUUUAAGACUUCUCGAAGUAUGACUUUUGUUUCACUCAGAUGUGAAUGAUGGCCUAAGCUAGAAAUGUACUGUUAACUAAUACUUUCAACACAAAGAUUUAGACAAUAGUGUAGGACAUGGGCAAAUGAUUCCUUGCAGUAAUGAGACAUAUUGUAACUGCACCAGUACUAUAUGAUAGGAGAUGAAUUUAUCAUUUGAGGACAUUUUAGUUAGUUUUGGUACAAAUUUAAUGUCUCAAGGUAACCAAAAAAAUUCUUUUUAAAACCUACUCAGAAUCAACACUUUGCCUUCUUAAAGUAGAUGCCAAUGUAAACAUUUCACAUUCCCUUGGUUUUGAUGGACAAGUGUAGGGGCCACUUGAUCUGCAAUUCAGACUUCUAACACUUGACAUCUGUGCUGAUAGACUUGCUCAAUGUUAGACUGAGAAAGCAGUGUUCUACAAGGUUCUGUUAUGGUUUGCUAGGUGUGGUUUUAAAAAACAUUUAAAGUUCAAUCUGCUAAUACAAAAACACAAAAUGAAAAGGCUGUUUACCUAGUAUUUGUAUUUCUGAAUGAAAACUGUGCAAUACCAAUAAAUAAGACACCAUUUUAAA